AGCCUCAUUCAUAUCAAUUCAAAGGCGCAAGUGCUAUGGAGCCGGUAGAUAAUGCUAAUGAAGGACAAAAGACCUCCACUACAAAGCUUGACUGGACAAAAGAACUCCACUACAAAUUCCUGGAUGUGGUCAAUAUUCUAGGCGGCAUUAGGGGUAAAGAUACCGUACCAAAUACUAUUUUGGAACUCAUGAAUGAGCCCGGAUUAACGAGGGCACAAGUUGCUAGCCAUUUGCAGAAAUGUCGAGAAAACAAGGGAAAUGGAUGGCAACGGAGAAACAAACUUGUGAGACAUAAUGAGCAGUAUGAGAACCUUAUCCAACAAAGUUAUCAACUAGAUGCUUCAUCAUCCUAUAGUAGCAACGAUGGUGUAUUCUCGUCUGAUCCAGAUGAAUCAAUGUUUUAUUCCAUGCAAAAUGAACCGUGCUGGACAUGCCAUGCAAUGCAAUGGGGAAUCAUAACAGCUCAUCAUAUCAUUCAUACUCACCACAAGUCGGACAACAACAAUUUACAGUGCAAUUUUUCUCAGAGACUGAUAUUUAUUCUAAUCUUGAACCAAUUAUGGAAUUACCGACUUUCAACCACGACAACAUUAUUGAACAAGAUUGUUCGGGUGGCAAUCAUAUGGUAGAUUUCUUUAAUAAUUUUGACAGUCAAGUUAAUAUUGAUCAAUGUUCUCCUACAUAUUCAGGUUCGUACUAUUAACUGUCUCAAUAUAAUUAAUAAGUUGAAUUAGCAUGAACCACAUUCCAUAUGUACAAACAUCUUCAAUUUUCUUACUAAUUUAAUUGUUACUUAAAUAAUAUAUUAUGUAUUUAAU